AGGAGCCGAAGUGUAUGAGGUUACGAUGACAGUGGAAGUAUUUGUUGGCGUGCAGGGAGCCUGCAGGCGGCGCCUGGGACACUUGGCUUCACGCCGGAGUGUGGUGUAUGUAGCCGCUGGACUGUGAGGAUGGCAGGGGAGACAGCAGCGGAUUUCCAGCUUUUCACAGAGACUCACCGAGCGGCCCUGGAAACGUCGGGGGUGCCACCACUUUAUUGGGAGAGUUUGCACCACAAACUCGCACAUGAGAUAUUUGAUGCGGGUGAAGUGUUUGGGAUUAUGCAGUUUGAAAAUGAGGAGGGUGAUGAAGAUGCUGAAGAGGAAGAGAUAACACACAACCCUGGCACACCACCUGUUUACAAAGUCAUUAUCACCAAAGAAGAUGGCCUGCAGGCUGCAGAUGCUAAUAGGUAA